AUGAGUACCACGGGCGACGGCUACUGGAAGGCCACCGGGAAGGACCGCUUCAUCUGUGGCGGCGGCCGAGCGGUGGGGAACAAGAAGACGCUCGUGUACCAACACAGCCGGGCCCCUCGCGGGGAGCGCACGGACUGGGUCAUGCACGAGUACACCCUGCUCGCCGACGCGCUCCCGCCGGCCGCGCAGGGGAGGGAGUCCUACGCGCUCUACAAGCUGUUCCAGAAGAGCGGCGCCGGGCCCAAGAACGGCGAACAGUACGGCGCGCCCUUUCGGGAGGAGGAUUGGCUGGAUGACGAUGAGGAGGGAGUGACCGCGGCUGCUCCUGCUAGUUCCGUUCUUAACAGCAAUAAUUGUCCUGCUACCGUGGAGGACCACGCAAUUGCUGACCGUGAACUUCCGAUUGAGGAUCUUGACGAGCUCCUGUCACAAAUUGGAAAUGAUAAGGAGGAGUUUGGCGAAGCACAGCUUGAUUUCUCGACACCUGCUACCUCCCAUGGUCAAAGUCAGGGUUGGCUUAGUGAGGGGGGUGACAAGGCUGAGGUCGUGGAUGCUUCCAUUAGUAGUGGUGCUGGGGUAGCUGCAGAGAAUACGUGCACUGGUCUCCCUCUUGGCGAUAUUGAGCAGCUCCUGAUGCAAAUGUCUGAUGAUCACCAAAACGCUGAAUUGUUCUCGGAUUUGUCGACAUCAGUUCCACAACUGCAGCUUCAGUGUGACGAUCAUCAGGUGUGGCUUGAUGCACACAGGGAGCAGGAAGUUUGUGCUCCGGAUCCUACCACAAGUAGUAGUGUCGCGGUAACAGCAGAAUGUACUGACACAGAGUUUGGGGAUCUUGAAGGGCUUUUGCUGCAAAUAUCUAAUGACCAGGGCAUGGUUGAACCUCAAUCAGAUCUGUCUGGACCAAUUCCAUAUCAUAACUUCAAUCAGGUCGGCAUUGGGGAUUUCCAUGAAUCUCAUGGUGCUCCGGUUGGUAAUCUUUCUUGUAUAGUUCAAGAAAGUACAUUUGAUCCGCAAACUGAGGCAAGAAGUAAAUUUCCACAGUCUAAUCUAACCAAUGUGCCAUUUAGCGGAGAAACAAAUUCUUCUGAAGGGACAAGUGUGCCACGAUCUGUGUCAGGUUUAAUCAGUUACAAUAGCCAGGAUGCUGAUGAGGAGUUCCUUGAAAUCAACGAUUUCUUUGAUCUGGAGGGUGUAGAACAGAGUGCAAAUUGUACAGCAACUGAGCACUUGAUAUCUGCAACAAAUGGGAUGUUUGACGAUUUGGAAUACUCUGAUGCUCAUACUUUUUUACCUGGUCCAUUUGACACAGUGGGAGUGGUAGCUGAAAAUGAAUUUUUUUAUUUUGGUAACACUGGAAUUCAGGACCAGGGAUAUCAGUAUACAACAGAAGUAACAACACAGAAUCAGGCCGCUCUUAAUGUCCGGAGCCACAUGAAGCAUACUCAUGUUGUCUUACCCUCACAUGCAUCAGGCACUCUAAAUCUUCAUACGGCAAAUGAGCCACCUAACAGGAGCUCAACUGCUUCACAAUCAUGGUUCAAUGCUGCGCUAUCAGCCUUGUUGGACUCUGUACCUAGCAGUCCAGCAUUGGCUGCUGAAAUUGAAAAUACUGUUAUCAACAAAACACUCCAGCGCAUCUCUAGCUUCAGAUCACAUCAAGCUUCAGGUGAAGAAAACACAGUUAUCAACAUAACACUUCAUCGCAUCUCUAGCUUCAGGUCACAGCAAGCUGCAAGUGAACAACCAAGCACUCCAAGGAUUCAGGUUACAAGAGGUGGCAGACUGAUGUUUAUCUCUCUACUGGUCAUACUUGCUGCUGUUAUGUGGACCUUUACUGCUGGCAGUGCUGGGUCUGCACUCAAUUUCUGCAAGGGGUUAUGGAAAUCUUCUUCUAGGUGAUCCCUAAUCAGCUGCAACCUUUUUCCUGUUAUUCUUGUGAUUUGGUCCUCUCUAAUUCUUUUCAGUCCUCUGUAUGGGUUAUUG